CUGCACUACGGGACCCUCCUGGGCAGCAGAGCUUGUGCCCACAUGGCAGCAGCUGCCUGGGCCACUGCCUUUCUCAACGCGCUCAUGCACACAGCCAAUACAUUUUCCCUACCCCUGUGCCAUGGCAAUGCCCUGGGCCAGUUCUUUUGUGAGGUGCCCCAGAUCCUCAAGCUCUCCUGCUCACACUACAACUUCCUCAGGGAACUUAGGGUCAUUGUGAUUAUUGCCUGUUUAGCAUUUGGCUGUUUUGUGUUCAUUGUUUUCUCCUACGUGCAGAUCUUCAGGGCUGUGCUGAGGAUCCCCUCUGAGCAGGGACGGCACAAAGCCUUUUCCACCUGCCUCCCUCACCUGGUUGUGGUGUCCUUGUUUGUCAGUACUGCCAUGUUUGCCUACCUGAAGCCCCCCUCCAUGUCCUCCCCAUCCCUGGAUCUGGCACUGUCAGUUCUGCACUCGGUGGUGCCUCCAAUUUGGUCCUCUUCUUCCUUUCUGAUCAUUCAAGAACCUCUGAUGUGGUUUGAGAGGAGGUGCUGGCUGGGCGGGGGCGGGGAAAGCCAAGCGGCCGUGAGGUAG